AGUGCAAAGUAUGGCUUAAGCCCAACCCAAACCGAAUGUUAAUUAAGUGUAAAUUGUUAGUCUGUAACUAGAGCUAAACCUUAGCAAACCAAGCAAAAUGUAUGCAGCUGCUGGCGGCGCCUCGUUGGCAUCGCGCCAAGCGCGUCAACGCCAGCGACAGCAGAAGAAGAACCAACUAAUCCAAGCGAAACUACAUCCACCGAAAGCGCCUGGUGUCGGUGUGGAAAUCGGUGCCACCGAUCAUGGCGGCGCCUCUACGCCAACACGAAGCCAGUCGCGGCAGUUCCACCAGCUGCCGACCAACUAUCUGCGUGCACCACCGCAGCCGCAGGGACGCAAGCUGAGCGCCACCUACACGCAAUCCCGAUCCCUGCUGCCGAUCGAGGAGGCCGGCGAUACGCAGUCGGUGCUGCAGCUGCGCAUGCACUCGCACUCGCACUCGCACUCACAUGACCAUCAUGGCCACGGCCACGCCCACGCCCAUUCCCAUCUGGGCGGACAUGGGCACAGUCACAUGCAUCACAGUCACCUGCAUGGAGGCGGGGCACCGAUCCCGCCACCCAUUCAGACCCCCAUACAGACGCCCUAUCAACAGUUUGCCUCCGCCCACGGACGCGCCUCACCGAGGCUUGUGCAUCGCCACAGCGGCAGCGGCAGCAGCAGCGCUGGCUUCUAUACAGGAGCAGCAGCAGCAGCAGCAGCGGGAUCCGCUGGCGGACAGCUGCAUAAGUCGGCGACGGCAACGCUGCCGCUCGUCUCACAGAUGGAGCCGACGCCGCCAACGACACCCGCGUUGCCAUCGGAUGCGGUCGGCGUUAAAACGACAGCGACUUCGUUGGAAACAGCCGCCGCCACGGCCAUGCAGCCAACACUGGGCAUGUCCAUGGCCAGCACAUCCGCAGCAGCAGCAGCAGCGGCGGCGGCUGCGGAUACUGCCGAAGCUGACCUGGAGCUAAGCGGCGCCGCAGCCAUGUUUGUAGCCCACCAUGAUGCGAUCAUUGUAACGCCGGCCACGCCCAUGGCCUCGCCGGGUCACGUAGCCGCCAUCAAGCUGCGUCGCGGCGAGGACGUCGUCGAGGAUGAGCUGCAGGAUGCUGCCGAGCGUCAGCCCCUUACCGCCCAGGAUGCCUACGACGAGGAUGCUGACGAAGCCAUGCAGCCCCCCGCAGGUCCCCUCGAGCGCAAGUGCAGCGUCUACCGCAUGCGUCGCAGCGACGCCUUCGAGCAAGGCGACGGCGCGGUCGGCGGCGUCACCAGCGGCCUGAAGCGCCAGCUUCGUGAGCUGCAGUUCCAGCAGCCCCAAUACGAGCCCCUGGUCAGCGAUGAGCCGCAGCUCCUAUUCAAGGGUCUGGCCAAUGGACGCAAGUGGCAACUUUGCGCCUACUGCGAGGAGGGAAUCUGCGUCUGUGAGCACAUCGAGUGCGCUCAGGGACGCGCCGCUUGGUUGGAGCGCGGCCGACGCUGCAGCGUCCAGGAGCAGCAACAACAACAGGCCACCUGCCAUCGACGCUGGGUGAAACGUAACCGAAUACAAGACGCCUCCUUGGGUGGCUCCUCGGAUGACGAAGAUUUCCUGGGCGUACUACGUGGACCCAGCACAUUCGCAAAUGCCUUUCUCUAUGUAGGACUUGGCACAGUGGCGCUGGGUCUGGUCAUUGCAUUCGUCGGGACCGGCGAAAAGGGUUUUAAAACAGUGGAGCUAAGACUUAUAGGGCCCUCUCUCAUAGGACUGGGCCUGAUCUGUUGCAUUUUACGCAUCCUCUUCUGCAUCUGCCCAUCACACUGCAUCUCAUCCAGCAAAAAGACGCGCAAGAAAAAUGGGAACAAAAUCGAUGCGGAUCACACGACGUCCCUUCUCCGCAAUGAGAGCAAACGCGUUUCUAUUGCCCGAGGACCUACAAUGCAGCCAAAGUAUCCAAUAACGCACAAGCGCAGUCAGAGCAAGAUGCUUAAUGAGGGAAUGGAGGCACUUCGUCAAAUAGCCACCACAUCGUUGUUCAUGCAGAACGAGCAGAAGACGGCCAUUAAUCGGGUGGUGCCCAUUAUCAAUGAGCCGGAGUGCAUGGAUCAUAUGGGUGUUGAUGCCCCGCUGGAGAUGCAAAAGUUGCAGACGGCGUUGAAUAUGUGUGAGAUGAGCGAUGAUGAGCAUAACGGACAGAUGGAGCAGCAGCAUGCCAAACGUACAACUACAACAACAACUGCCGUUACGAGUAGUACCACCAAAGACAUAACAACAACAGAAAGAAAAUCCACAACAAACCUGAGCACUGUAGAUGAAAAGCCGAAUAGUAAACUGGUGCGACAACGUGUCGCACUGCAACAACAGCGACUACAACAACAGCAGCAGCGACAACAACAAUAUCAAGAUCAGCACCAACAAUUGCAGGAACAAUCGGAGCAAUCGCAGUCGCUAUCCUCCUCAUCAACCGUCAGAGAUUCAUUGGAUGGCGUUGUGGUCUUCGAAGAAACCUCCCUGAUGGACACGCAGAAUGCACAGCCAACGACAACAACAACAUCGGCGCCACUGCCAAGCAGCUGCAGCACCGGCGCCAUACCAAGACUCAAAAGCAACACUGCAGCAUUCAACACGCCCGCUCAACGACCGGGCAACUUAACGGGAGCCACGCCCAAGACAACGAACACCACCAACAUCAACACCACCACUACCAGCGGCAGCAGCAGCAGCGGCGGCACACGUCUGACCAGCUCACAGUCGCAUCCGACUAGCUACGAUCUGCCGCCGGCGCUGCCGCACACCUAUUCCGCCACGGCGACGGUACGUGGUCCACUGGGCAUGACGCUGACCGGGUCGAGUUCCGUGUAUGCCCUGCCAGCCAGUCGAAUCAGCGGAAUAACGGCAACGCCCACGGCCAGUACAACAACAACGAUCAGUUUGUUGCCACUACCGGCGCCGCCAACGCUAUCCACCACGUCCACGUCCACAGUCACGGCGAGCAUACCCGGCCAGGUGUUGGAAACAUCGAGCAUCGCCGCCACAAGUCUGAGCAUACUGAAGCCACUGACGGCGGCGACGAUGGCGGCGACAGUGACGGCGACAGCAACAGCGACGGGAAUGCAACGGCCAUCAACGACCUCCUCAAUCACAGCCACGUCGGCGUCCUUAUUUGGCAUGGAUCACAAAUCACAGCCGUCAUCCGCUAACGCAACAAUAGGGCGUGGCAGCUCCCUGCUGGCUCCGCCGCCCGUUCAUCAAUCGGCCAGCAAAUUUGAGCCAGAGCUGGUGCUUAGCCCAGCAAAGCUUGGCCAAUAAAUAAUGCGACAUUUAGUUACGGUUUUAGUUAGGCUUUCAUGCAGCAACAAUCUAGGUUCCAUUGGGUGAAUGUGCGAGUAUAUGUGUGUGUGUGUGUGUGUAUCUUCGUAUGCAUGUGAACUAUAACACUCUCUUUUGAAUGUGCCACAAGAACAAGCAAACUAAA